UUCUGAUUUUUUUCACACAUACAUACACACACACACAAGAAAUAUAAAUAAAUAUCUCAUUCUAAAUGAAUCGUUUUAUUAAAAAAAAUAAUUUAUUCAAAUAUUUUGAUUAUUUUCAUCCGAUUAGAUUGGCAACAUCGUCAACAACUAUAUUACAAAGACGACCAAAUUUAUCACAUCCAGCAUUAUGGUAUGAAGAUUAUCCAAUAUCAUUGAUUGGUACAAGACAAUCACCGAUUAAUAUACGUAAAGAAAAAUGUAUUGCAAAUAAUCAAAAAUUAGAAUUACCACCAUUAAAAAUUGAAUAUCCGGAAUUAUUUAAUGGUUUACGUAUACGUAAUCCAAAAGAUGAUACAUAUUUUGGUUGGCGUGUUGAUAUACCAUAUGAUUUUGGUGAUCAGGCUACCAUUACAGGUGGACCAUUAAAUCAUCAUUAUAAAUUAAUACAAUUUCAUGCACAUUGGGGUAAAGAUUGUCAUUGUGGUUCUGAACAUAUUAUCGAUGGUAAACAUUAUUCAGCUGAAUUACAUUUUGUACAUUGGAAUUCGGAUCUUUAUUCAUCGGCACGUAAAGCAGCUGUAUCAAAAGAUGGUCUAACUGUUAUAGCUGUUUUUCUUCAAGUAUCUGAUGAUGCUAAACAUUUAUCAUCAUUACAGAAUAUUUGUGAUGAAAUACCAAAUAUUCGUUAUAAAGGAUUAAUGAAAGAAAUGGAAAAAUCAAUGAAUAUUUUAGAAAUGAUACCAAAAAAUCGUUCAUAUUUUACCUAUCUAGGUUCAUUAACAACACCACCAUUAUGGGAAACAGUUACAUGGAUUAUAUUUGAACAACCAAUUUAUUGUACAAAUGAACAAUUAGAUCGAUUUCGUCAAAUAUCUUAUUAUCAAAAAGAAAAUCAACAUCAACAAAAUGAACGUUCAUUAGAUGAAAUUUAUAAUGGUGGUUCAAAUGUACAAGAAAAUUUUAGACCAGUACAACCAUUGAAUGGUCGUCAAAUUAUUUAUGUACGAAAUAAUAAUAAUAAUAAUAAUCGUUAGGAUAACCGUAUUAAUUAUUUAAUAAAUUGUUUUUUUU